AUGGAUGUGUUACUGUUAGCUAAAUCAAAUAACGUGUUGCCGGCUGAUACUAACCAAAAGGAAGCCCAAGAUAAUGGCAAACGCAAACUUACUAAUGCAAAUGCGUUGGUUGCAGAGCAACAACAAUCAUCGAAAAAGAAAAAGAGAAAGAAGAUAGCAACUCAUAUGGAUCAAGAAAGUGGUGUCCAAUCCAAAAUACAGAAACUCGAUGACAGUAAACCUAACGAAGACGAAAGCGAAGUCGCUACUAGCAACAUCGAAGAGCUCAUUGGGAAUACCGAUACUUCGUUUAGUACCUUAAAGUCAUAUAUAUCGGAAAAUACUAUAAAAGCCAUAAGCGAUAUGUCAUUUACUAAUAUGACCCAAAUUCAGCAUAAGACAAUUCCGCAUCUCUUGAUGGGCAGAGAUGUUCUAGGAGCAGCUAGGACAGGUAGUGGCAAGACUCUUGCAUUCUUAAUACCUGCCGUUGAACUUUUACAUAAAUUAAAUUUUAUGCCAAGAACUGGCACAGGAAUUAUAAUUAUUUCACCAACAAGGGAAUUGUCAUUGCAAACAUAUGGUGUAGCUCGUGAUUUACUAAAGUACCAUCGGUAUACAUUUGGAUUAAUUAUGGGUGGUGCCAAUAGGAAGACUGAGGCAGAAAAGCUACAAAAAGGUGUUAAUCUGUUAAUUGCUACUCCUGGAAGAUUAUUAGAUCAUCUUCAGAAUACAAAUGGUUUCGUAAGCAAAAAUCUUCAGUGUUUGAUAAUUGAUGAGGCCGACAGAAUUCUUCAAAUCGGUUUUGAAGAUGAAAUGAAGCAAAUCGUUCGAUUAUUACCUAGUCGAAGGCAAACUGUAAUGUUUUCAGCAACACAAACCAGAAAUGUUGAAGACUUGGCACGAAUAUCCCUAAAAAAGUCCCCGUUAUAUAUUGGUGUUGACGAUGAUCGAGAUGUUGCUACUGUAGACGGCUUAGAACAAGGUUACGUUGUUUGUCCAUCGGACAGGAGAUUUUUAUUGUUAUUUACUUUCCUUAAGAAAAAUCGAAACAAGAAGGUUAUGGUUUUCUUUUCCUCAUGUAAUUCCGUUAAAUUUCACUCGGAAUUAUUAAAUUACGUUGAUUUGGCUGUGACGGACAUUCAUGGUAGACAAAAACAACAGAAGAGAACUGCUACAUUUUUUGAUUUUUGCAAUGCAAAAGAAGGAAUCCUUUUAUGUACUGAUGUCGCUGCACGAGGCCUUGAUAUACCAGAAGUUGAUUGGAUUGUGCAAUAUGAUCCUCCAGACGAUCCUAAAGAAUACAUUCACAGAGUUGGUCGAACUGCCAGAGGAGAAAAUAGUAGGGGACAUGCAUUACUUUUCCUUAUGCCAGAGGAAUUGGCGUUCUUGCGUUAUCUAAAGCAUGCUAAGGUUCCUCUUAGUGAAUAUGAAUUUGCGUCCACCAAGGUUGUUAACAUCCAGUCUCAGUUUAAAAAUGUGUUUGUUUUGUUUUCGUACAAUUUUAACUUAACUGGUAACAGUAGCUUUGGUAGUGGUUUUAAGAGAUCUAACAAAGCUGAAAAGAAAUCUCAAGUCUUUAAUAGGUCUAAUUUUGCCGGUGGAAAUAGGCAGUUUUCUCGUUAA